AUGAGGAUUGUCGCCUCGAUCCAUGCGCCGAGCCGACGGCCAUGCGGACCGGCUAAUAGCAUCGCCAAUACGGUCGGACUGCCCCUGCGUCACUGUCAGCAAGCCGAGGGGCAGUCCGGGAUUAAUGAGGCCCUCAUGUCAGACUGCUCAUGGAAAGUUUGGCAUCAAACCACGCGGGACGACAAUAAUCUGCUGCCGGGGCGUGUAAAUCCAUCUGAGGAGCGGAGAUCCAUCCCGGACAGCUUCCCCCGGGGUUGCUUUUCGGCCCUGUUCGGCGCACAGACUGCUACUUCCAGCUAUUCGGAACUACAAUCAGGCCUCACUUUUGGUUCCCAACCCUCGGAAAUGGAUCACGUCGGGCGAAUGGUGAUUGCAUACUCAACCAAGUUCUUGUUGCUCUGA